AUGUCAAGUCAACAAGAAAAAACUACCGAUGAGAUCGAAGGAAUUGCGUACGAAGAUGAAGAAGAGUUGCAACGUGAUAGGGAUGAAAUGUUAGGACGUGAACAAGAAAUGUGUAUUAAGAGAUCAGAACGAUUAAAGGAAGUUGCCAAAAAAGUUCGUGAGAAUCAAGACAAAAAUUAA